AUGGAUUCAUCAAACGAUGACAAUGUUGUGGACAACCGAGUCCUUCAACAUGGUACGUUCAUGCGUAUCAAGGUCGUGUCUGAUUACUCUGACUACAGUCUCUCCUAUCUCAGAGCCGUAGUCAAAGGCUUCCCCGAGUACUACAAACCUGCAAAGUAUAACAAUGUCACCCAAGUGCCCUUCCCUCCCCUAGACCUUGUUGAUACCAGUAACAUUCAUUUACAACUUGACUGCUUUGAAGACCUUAGUAUGACAGGAGCUGGCAAUUCAUGGAGGGAUGCUGAUGGUGUUAUCAUUGUGUAUGACCUUUCAGACAGAGAGACGUUCAACAAUGUACUGAACUGGGCAGGUGAAGCCGAACGAUUCACAACACCUGCUGUCAUACUCAUCAUUAUAGGUGUGCACUUUGACCGACAACUGGCACGCCAAGUGUCGUCGGUGGAGGCCAAUCACUUUAAGGCACAUCACUGUCUCGAGUUGGAUGAGCUGGCGACACACAAUGCAACAGAGGAGCGACUGCGGUUUGAGAACCUGUUGCUCGAGAUCAUGGUCACCAAGAAUAUAUACAAUGACAAGACGAUACCCUACACACCGAUCGAUAUAAUCAGACGCAACAAGAGACAGCUACUACAGCAACAGUUUGAGAUGCGUCAACACAAGCUAAAGGCAGCAUCGAGCCUCGCUACGAGCAGCACAUUGAACGAUCGAAUCAGCCAGGUACUGCAAAACAUGGUGGUGAGGCGCACCAUCUGGAGCGCCGUGCGUCGCAUCCACGAGAGGAUGGGCGUGCGCGUUGGCAAACACAAGGACAAUCAGUUCCUCUUUGAGAAUGGAUAUUACAAUGUACUGCGACAAAAGGCGGCACGUGGCGAUCCCCUCAACCUAUGCGAUCAUCUGCACAACAGCAAGAGCUCAUUGUUCAGAUUCCUACGUGAAUGUACCGACAGCAGUCUGGUGCGCCACGUCGUGUCCUCACUCAACCAUGACACAGAUUUCUUCCGAGAGCACGUUACAGAGUUUGCGGACGAGGCUUGCAUUGCUGGCAACGUCGAUGUCUUGCGAUGGCUUCACAAAGAGUAUGGCAUUCGUUGUUCAGAGCGAGGCCUGCGCACGGCCAUCGUAUUGGGUGACCUCCAAUUACUCAUUUUUAUCGCUGAGGAGAUGUCCUGUUGUGGCACUAGCGGCGGAAACAACAACAACAACAAUAAUAAUAAUAGUGGCAGUGUUGGAAAGCAUCACAAAUCAAAACAACAACAGAUCAACUACCUCGAAUGUCUGGGCGAGAAGGAGAGAAGCGCACUGAUAGACCUCUCCAUACAGUAUAAACACGACGACAUCAAGGAAUAUAUCGAAUCACACAACAAUCAACACGGCGGCAGCGGCGGCAGCAGCAGUGGCGGUGGUAAUAACAACAACAACAACAACAAUGGUUCCAAUGGCAAGGUUGGCAAACCACGGUUGUCAUCCUUUUACAACAAGAUGAAGUCAAUGUUCAAGUGA